UUAUAUAUCGCGCUGUGAUUGGUCGGCGGCUACCUGCUGCUCCAGGCUCCUUUGGCAGAGUGAUCGCAAUCCUUCAGUCAGUAUGGCGGUGAUCGCUCCGCUGCUCGCUCUGGUGUAUGGGGCGCCAGCGCUAUGGCGUUGGGUGUCGCAGCCUUAUUACCUGCUGUCUGCAUUGCUGUCUGCUUCCUUCCUCCUGAUCCGGAAGGUGCCCCCUAUGUGCUCUGCGCUGCCGUCUCAGCGGGAGGAUGGCAAUCCCUGUGACUUUGACUGGAGGGAAGUGGAGAUCUUAAUGUUCCUCAGCGCCAUAGUCAUGAUGAAGAACAGGCGGAGUAUUACCAUAGAGCAACAUAUCGGGAAUAUCUUCAUGUUCAGUAAAGUUGCCAACACAAUUCUGUUCUUCCGCUUGGAUAUUCGAAUGGGCCUAUUGUAUGUCACCCUGUGCCUAGUCUUCCUCAUGACGUGUAAGCCUCCUCUCUAUAUGGGCCCCGAACACAUCAAGUAUUUCAGCGACAAAACGAUUGAGGAGGAGAUACAGUCCGAUCGACGCGUUUCAUGGAUUGUGGAAUAUUUCGCGAACUGGUCAUCUGAAUGUCAGUCAUUUGCUCCCAUUUAUGCAGAGCUGUCUCUAAAAUAUAACUGUGCCGGCCUGAAAUUCGGUAAAGUGGAUAUAGGCAGAUAUCCGGAUGUCGGUACUAGGUACAAUGUCAGCACCUCUCCUCUGUCCAAGCAGCUCCCCACACUCAUCCUGUUUCAAGGGGGUAAGGAGGUAUUGCGACGACCACAGGUAGAUAAGAAAGGACGUGCGGUGUCUUGGAGCUUCACUCAGGAAAAUGUUAUCAGAGAGUUCAACUUGAAUGAGCUGUACCAGAAAGCAAAGAAGACCUAUAAGAACCAAGAUGAGACAGAAGCUGAGGAGAACACUCCAAUAGAGAGCAAAAAGGACCAGUAAUCAGAGGGGCUCCUGCUUGCACCUUCAUCAUGUAAAUAGAAUAGAACUACCACUCCAUGAUUCUGAGGUCUCCCUUCAUCCGCAGUCAAGGUGUUUUUUUAAAAUUAAUGUAUCAUAUAAGAAGCUAAUAGAGGACUGUGGUGUCCCAUAUGGCCCAUUCCCUCCUCCGCUGUUACACUAAUUCUGCUAGGUCUUUCCAACAUCAAGGUUCAACACUCUGUCCUAGCUGGUAUAUGUUGGAUUGAAAGACUCUUCUGGUCAUCUGCACACUUCAUGGACAUUACUGAUUUAUUAAUGGGAUAACCUACAAUAAAUGUUUCCUCUUUAACCCAU